UAACGCACACAAGCUAACAGCUGACGCACGCUACAAGUGGAUCACAAAACUGACAACUCACCUUGCCAGACCAGUUUUAAAGAUAACUCUUCAAGGUGGUCGACAAGAUGCCCAAGUAUUGUUCUGCACCGAACUGCAAGAAUGAUUCUGGAAAUAACAAUUCUGAUAGGAAAAGCUUCUACAAGUUUCCACUGCAGGAUCCAGCUCGGUUAGAGCAGUGGUUGAAAAACAUGGGUCGUGAGGACUGGUGCCCUWCCAGACACCAGUACAUCUGUCAUGAACAUUUUGCAUCUUCCARCUUCAAGCUGCGUUGGGGGAUUCGCUACCUGGAGAAUAACGCUGUGCCUACUGUCUUCCAGCUCACUGAGAAACGUAAAGGUGAGGAACACGGUGAGAGUCAGAAAUCCAAAAGGCUGCGACAYGGCAGGAAACAACGGACCACCUCUUUUGACGUUGGGAUGCCAGCUAGCGACUCCACAGACAGUGACAACACAGUGACACUCUACGAGGUCACUGUUAACCCCUCAGCGACUGAGGAGGCAGAGCUGCUGGAGGAGCGGGACGUGACUGGCCACACAGUGGGCCUUCUACACACAGCACCUCUGUCACUAUUAGAGGGGAGGAGCCAUGACGGGGCUGCAGGAGACUUCCCUGUUACUGUGUUCCAGACAGUAGAGGAUCUGGGUGGGUUGGAAGAGGUGGUGAGUGGGGUCACAGCAGCCAUCUUGACUGAGGGUCAUGACCUCGGAACGACGGAAGAUGUCGGUAAUUUUGUGUUGUCCCCGACAUCUCUGGUCAUGGAGAACGUCUCUCCCGAGACGGAGGAGGAGCUGUCUGUCUCCCAGGACGACCACGGCGGUGGGGCUCAGAUCAUCGCCUACUUUGAGACGAUCCCCAACAUUCUGUCCAGCGGGGCUGCUCAGUUCAGCAUCCCCUCAGACACUGUGCUGUCCUCCGCUCUCAGCCCCACACCCAUCGUCUCCACACUGCCAAUAGUGUCCAAGCACAUGCCCCCCUCUCCUGCAUCACUUAUCCUCACGCUGGAGAGACUGGCGACGGAGGAAGGACAGACUCCAGAGGACCAUAUGGAACAUCGGGGAAGCCAACUGGAGGAACACCGCUACAAUAAGAAACAGCCUGAGUAAGGAGCAGCUGGAAGCCAUUGUGACAAGAGCUUCAGAAGAAGGUGAAGGUAUUGCAGCAGAGACACAGGAGACACCUGGAUAAACUGGUGGGUCUGGAAAAACACCGUCAACCAGCUGAGAAGAACAACUUGCCUGAAUGAAGAG